AUGGCAGAAACCAAGGGAAAGAAACAAAUCAUCCUCAAUGCCUUUGUCAUGAACACGCCCGCGCACAUGGCUCCAGGCCAAUGGCGACACCCCCGCAACAAGACAGCAGACUACACGAAGCUCUCCUUUUGGACCGACCUCGCCCAGCUUCUUGACGAUGCGGGCUUCCAUGCCAUGUUCAUUGCGGACACUCUGGGACCGUACGACGUGUACAAAGGUCCGGCGAACGUGGUGCCCGCACUCGCCUCAGGCGCCCAGUACCCAGUCAAUGACCCCAUGUACCUCGUCCCCGCGAUGGCCAGCACAACAAAGAACUUAAUCUUCGGAGUGACGGCGAGUCUUACAUACGAGCAGCCGUACUCGCUCGCUCGCCGACUUAGCACGGUCGAUCAUCUAUCCGGCGGCCGAGUCGCGUGGAACAUCGUCACGAGCUAUCUUGACAGUGCUGCGCGAAAUCACGGGCUUGACGAACAGAUCCCGCACGACGAGCGGUAUAACCGCGCACACGAGUACAUGGAUGUCCUAUAUAAACUGUGGGAGGGGAGUUUCCGGGAUGAUGCCGUGGUGAAGGAUCGCGAGUCGGGCGUGUACAUUGCCCCCGACGCAGUGCGACAGAUCCACCACGUGGGCAAGUACUUCAAAGUACCCGGACCGCACUUUUGCGAGCCCUCACCACAGCGCACACCGUUUCUGUUCCAGGCGGGUGUGAGCGAGGCCGGGAACGGGUUUGGUGGCAAGCACGGGGAGGCGAUCUUCGUCGCGGGCCAGACGCCCGAGGGUGUGCGAAGCACGGUCGAGAGUAUCCGCCGGGUUGCGGCGAGCGAGGGGCGGGAUCCAAAUCAUAUCAAGGUCAUCGUAGGCAUCACGUUGAUAGUUGCUGCCACGGACGAGGAGGCAUAUGCGAAGCGCGACGAGUACCUCAAGUAUGCCGAUCACGAGGGCGUCCUUGCCCUAUUUGGCGGGUGGACGGGGAUAGACCUGUCCAAGUACGAGGAUGACGCGGACUUCCGGUUUGCAGACGAGACCAAAGUCGCAAGUAUCGUGAAGCGGUGGGCGUCAACGGUUCCCGGCACCGAUAAUCUGCCCUGGACGAAGCGCCGGAUCGUCGAAUUCCUCAGCGUGGGUGGCAUCCAGACAAAGAUUAUCGGCAGCGGCAAGACCGUUGCAGACGAGUUGGAACGAUGGGUGGAAAUUUCCGGAGUGGACGGGUUCAACCUGGCGCAUAUCACGAACCCGGGCAGCUUUGAGGAUAUCAUCGAGUUUCUCUUGCCGGAGCUGCGCACUCGAGGGCUCUUCAGGGAGACAGUUGCUAAGGAGGGGGCCACGGCGAGAGAGACGUAUCUGGGGGUUGGCCAGGUCCGGUUACCGGAGGAUCAUCCAGGGACUACCCAGCAUGGCGAGUUCAACCCUAAGCUGAUACGCUGUACCAUGGCAUACCCAACUUAG